AUGGGAGUACCAGAGGGUCCUGACCCGAAUGGUAAUGCCUUGCCACCUGAUCUUGAGCAGGCCAGAAUAAACCAGAGCAUCGCCGACCUGGAAAGAUUGGGAAGAGAGCGUCCAAAAUGCUUCCGUGGCUUCUGGUCAGAGGUGUGCUUCUGUUUGUCCAUUUUCAUGUCACAGAUUCUUGCUGAAUACUACAUCUCAGGAUCAAAUGUGCUUCUUCCAACGCUUGUUGAAGAGCUUGAUCUUCCAGCAGCUUCUGCGAUUUGGCCAUCUACCGCACUGUCACUGGUCGUCACCUCCACCCUACUCAUCUUCGGCCGGAUGACCGACAUGUUCGGUGGAUAUCUCAUCUACAAUUCCGGCGCGCUAUGGCUCACAAUCUCAUCCAUUCUUUGCGGCGUGUCACAAACGUGGCUAAUGCUAAUUAUCUGCCGAGCACUGCAAGGCUUUGGCCUAGCCGCUUUCCUUCCCUCAGGAAUCAUGAUCCUGGGUAGCACUUAUCGACCGGGACCUAGGAAGAACAUCGUGUUCAGUAUCUAUGGCGCAUGCGCAGCUCUCGGGUUCUUCGUUGGCAUUUUCUUCUCAGGGCUCUGUGGCGAAUAUCUCACCUGGAGAUGGUAUUUCUUUUUUGGUGCAAUUCUGUCUGCUAUUACCACGGCCCUUGCAUCUUUCUCCAUUCCACGGGACUACCACGAAAAAAAGAAUAACGGAAUCAAGAUGGACUGGGCUGGUGCAUGCCUAUCUGUACCGGCGGCUGUCCUGAUUGUCUUCCCCAUUGCGGACAGCUCGUAUGCACCCCAGGGAUGGAAAACACCCUAUAUUCCACUUUUCCUCGCGCUUGGGCUUAUCCUUCUCGGUGCCAUGAUUUAUGUCGAGGGCUGGGUGGUCGAAAAUCCACUGUUGCCCGGUGAUAUCUUCCACGUGAGGUAUAUGACACCGCUGGUUAUAGCCUUGCUAUUCUUGUAUGGCACGCUCGGAAUCUUCAUGCUCUAUGCUGUUUUAUACAUGUCUGACGUAAUGGGUGCCUCGCCCAUGCAAAUCGUGGCAUGGUGUGCGCCUAUGGGUGUUGGUGGUUUGAUAUUGAACAAUUCUGAUGAUGUUCUCAUGCCUCGGCUAUGUGGGAUCUGGAUUGUUCUUUGCUGUCAUCCCCCCGGCGGAAACUACUGGGCCUUUGUGUUCCCUUCAAUGAUAUGCGGUACCAUCGGAAUCGACAUCAGCUUCAACCUUGCCAAUGUCUUCAUUACGACAAACUUGCCAAAAGCGAGGCAGGGUCUUGCUGGUGCAUUGAUCAACUGCACAUUACACAUGGGAAUUGCUGUGAUGUUGGGCUUUGCAGAUAUCACGCAGACUCAGACGGAAGAACUGGGGACUCGGAAGAGCUACAAAGCAGUUUUCUGGUAUCAGACCGGGCUAGCAAUUCUGGGAUUGCUGAUUGUGGUCUUCUUUGUCAGGAUCCGCGAGGCGAAAAGUGAGAUGACCAUUGACGAGAGAGAAGCCAUGGCAGCCGAGGAAAACGGAAGAGUCGGCGAGACCGCAUGA